GGCGUGUGUUGUUUACAAGCGCUUGGAACCGGGCGCGGGAAAGUUUCGAGUGAUAUUUACCUGCUCAUUAACUGUGUUUUAGUAUUUGAUAUUAGAACGCAAGGUUUUCAUAGGUAAGAGUCGAAAAAAGCGUACUCUUUUAUGCCUGGUAGUCGACGCCACGCCUAUAAAUGGUGGUACGCGCCCAGAAAUAACUGAUCAAGUUAAUGCAUUUCCGCGGCGAAGGCGAAAAGCAGGCUAGCUUCCACUCAGAGAUAGCGACCAAGACCUACACAAACAGUGGAAUGAACAGCAGCCAGGGAGGCCGGCCGAGGCGGCCGCGGAGCUCCAACGCGCCCCACUCGGGCGGCGGCUCCAGACACGGUCGGCCGCGGGACUCUCGUGGCAGUCAGGACCGGCCGCCAGCGGAGGCCUCCGGGGUGUACGCCAACGCCCAGUACGCGCACGCGCUCACCUCCAUCCUGGGAUGCCCCGUGCGGGUGACCACAACGAACAACGAAGUGUUCGAGGGCAUUCUGAAGGCGCUGUCGAAGGAGAACAACUUCGUGCUGGGCAUGGUGCACCCGCUGAACCGAGAGGAGCCGAAGCGGAUCGACCCGCGUGAGGUCCGCGAGGAAUGUAUCUUCCUCGGCGAACAGGUGGCGCAUGUGACCGUCACCAAUGUGGACAUGGAGUACGCCACCAAAAGCGGGUUCCAGACUGACGGCGCCAUCACGGGCCGCACCAAUGGCUCUGCGGGGCACAAGGAGCUGCAGCCGUGGAUCGCGGACGAUGCCGCCACCGACCACCUGGUCUCUCUGGACGAGGCGAACGGCUGGGACGCGCGGGACAUGUUCCGCAUGAACGAGAAGAAGUACGGCGUCCGCUCGACGUUCGACCAGACGCUGGCCGGCUACACCACGCCGCUGGAGCGCGUCUCGCACGACCAGCACGAGCGUGCCGCGCGCAUCGCGCACGAGAUCGAGCGCUCGAGCACCUCCCGUCAUCGCGCCGACGCCGAGAAUGGAGACGAGGAGGCGGCGUUCGCGGCGGUGUCGCGGCCCGGCCAAGAUGGCCGCGGAGACCGCUACGUGCCUCCCGCGCGCCGGCCGGUCCGUGAGAUGCGCGAGCCGCCGCGUGGAGGACCGCGCGGACCGCCGCCGGGCGCCGGAGGACCGCGCGGUCCGCGGCCCGGAUCGGCCGGCGGACCUCCGCAUCAGCAGCAGCGCCAGACGCACCACGGCCGGCCGGGCUCCGGGCGUACUCCCAGCCGGGGCCGCGAGGACCGCACUCCGGACGGGCCCCCGCCGCACGGACCGACCGCGCCGCCGGCACAGAGUCCCAGCAGAGAGCAGGAGCCGGCGCCGGAGACGGCCGCCGCCUCGCCAGCUGAGCAGCGCGGCGAGCCCCGCUCCCAGCCGGCCCAGUCCCCCCGCGGCCCGGCAAAGACGCUGGCGGGCCUGAAGGACUUCCAGGAGAACUUCGUCCUGUCAGAGGAGGCCUCGUCGGCUGCCGCACCGACGGCUCCCGUACCCGCAGAGAAACAGGACAAACCUGAGAAGCCGGAACCGGCCCGCGGGGAGGAGGGCUCCAGUCCCGCACCGCCCACCGGCGCGGCGGCCGCCGAUACUUCACCUGGCGAGACUUCAGCUGCGGGUGGCACUCCGACGACCCCGGCCACUACCCCGGCUCCAGAGGAUACCAACAAGCUAGCCGACUCGCUGUCCAAGUCGAAACUGAACCCGAACGCCAAGGAGUUUACCAUGAACCCCAACGCGAAGGCCUUUACUCCUUUCACGCCGCCAACGGUGUCAAUGGCGAUGGGUUAUUCGCCGGAGCCGGCGCGCGCCAUGACCCCUCAGACGGCUCCUCUGUCGCUCAUCUCAUCGCCUGGCCAGCCGCCGUUCAACUACAUCAUGGGCCCGCAGUCGUUCGCGGCGCCUCAUCAGAUGCACCAGCCGCCCCGGCCGCACAAACAGAGAGGAGGGGAGUACCCGAUGGGCGGCGUGGCGCACCGUCCCGAGGCGUCACCGAUCCAGGUGGCCGCCGUCACCGGACCUCCCCUGAUGGCCACCUCGCCGCUGUCGGGCCACCCGCCGGGACAGCAUGUGGGCGUGCCAAUGCCGCCCAACAGCAUGAUGCCGCACGGCUACCCGGCGCCGGGACAGCAGGUGUUUUUCCGCAUGAUGCCGACCUCUCACGCGGCGAUGUACCAGCAGCAGCCGCAGCCGAUGCCGCCGCCGCACCAGCAGCAGCCCGGCCCUCAGCACCAGCAGCACCCGGGCCCGUCCGGCGGCUACGACGGCCAGCCGGGGCCGCCGCCGGCGCCGCACCAGACGCUCGGCUACAGCAUGGUGCCGCCGCAGGCGGGCGGUCCGGGCGGCGGCCAGGCUGGCGGCCCCGGCGGCGGAGGACUGAUGUACCAGCUGGCGCAGGGAGGUGGCGGGCCCGUCUACACACCCACCAGUGUGUACCUGAUUCCCGGCCAGCCCGGUCAGCAGAUGGCGCCCCAGUUCACCGUGAUGCAGCCGCAGCCGCCGCCUGGUCCCGCCACCACGCCCACCUCGUCUCAGAUGCCGAUGGGCGUGCCGAUGACGCCGCAGCAGUACUAUAACUUCCAGCAGGCGCAGGGCCACCACCCCGGCCAGCCGCCGCAGCCGCCGCAGCAGCAGCCUUACGGUCCUGGCUCGGGUCAUCCCAUACCGCUAGUGCCUCAUAUGAACCCGUGACGCUGACGCAAGCGCCGCUAGACGCGGAAAAGGGACUCAGUGCAACGCGAACCGGCCGGGGAGGGGGAAGGGAUGGGUGGGGAGGGCAGGGACGGGGCGCGCGUGUUUCGACGAGCGAGAGGGCGAGAGAAAGGGCACGGAGCAACCGUGUGUGUGGCAGAGUGAGUGAGAGGGUGGGUGAGAGCGCGCGCGCCGACCGCCGGGAGGGUGGUGUUUUGUACGAUGCCGCCGUGUGAUCCGUCUAAGGUGCGUUCUGUCCGGUGUGCGUUCUGUCCAGACAGUCCAUUGCGCGGUGCGGCGCGGUGUGAGCUCGGAGAGAGCUCCGAGAGAGGCGCAGGGAGCUGCGAGUUUUGUUGAUCGCCGCGGCAGACUGCGCCCUGCUGCGGCGGAGGCCCGUGAUCCGCCGGGCGGGCGGGCCGAACUGAACCAGGGAGUGGCGCUCGAGGGACGCCGCACGGGUGGAGUUUGUACACGCACCGAGACGCGCCGAGAGUGACACGAGUUAGUGACGUCAUCAAUGAUGUCAUCGGUAACUAGCGCUGUCACCGGGGCGCGAGGGAAGCGGCUCUAGGAAAUGUGCGCCGCUGUGCCACCCGGUGAUUGUCGUGGCGGCGACGUUAGCGAAAUAUGCACAGUGAUGUACGCCGCGGCGCGGUCGCGGAGGGAACCACUAGUUCCCCAACUGAGCGCUACGCUGCGCUAGUGUAGCGCCGGCCCGCGGGGCCACUGUCCGCGCCCGAGAAGCGCCUUGAUCCAGACAGAUCUCGAGGUUGACCUGGGCCCAGACGGGCCGACAACCUCUAUAUAGACUAUUCCAGCCUCACCAACCACGAACCAAGACGAGGCACUGCGCUGCCUUUCCCCUGCUGCUCGCACAGAGUAGAGUGCGUCGUAACGAGACCUUCUGUCACGAGGACAGAUCUGUCGUGCGCACCUACAUCCCACCCGGCCCCGAGUAACCCGGGUGGUUCACCUGGCAGUGUCUGCGCGCCAAAGAAGUUUUAUUUUCACGCUGGCGUUCUCACCAACUGCUGGUCGGUAUAGAAGGUUCGCUUCUCAAGUUUGGAUGCGAGACUUGAGAUGCAUUGUGCCGGAAUGGCUGAAGAAAGUUUUUUUACUCGGCUCACCGAAUACAGUUUGGAUUGCUAUGCGUUUCGGCCCUGUGGCUUGGGACGUCCGGAAUAAAAAAGAAAAUAUUGAACAAA